UUCAACACAACUGCACACAUACGUAUUUUUGAAACAAAUGGAACCCCAUAGACGGGUGGUUUACAAACAUUUUGAAAAUUUGGCGGUGGAGAAGAAGAAGAAGAAGAAGUCGAAAACUCAAAAUUGCAUCAAACUUGGAGUGUGGAAAAGGCGGUAAUUGGCAUAAACUGGUGUGUGAAUGGUUCGGAUGGAGAUGGAGAUAAGUAAUGAAGAAGAAGGGGAAUGCGAAGGGUGGACGCCAGUGGGAAGAGGGAGAGGAAGAGGACGAGGAGGAUUCAAAGUAGGUGACGGUAAGGGAAUUAGAGAUGUUCAAGGAAGUAAACGGGAUCUAGAAGAAAGCAGUUCAGAGGAAGAGAGGGUAGUUAGGAGAAAAGUUGUGGAUGAGAAAUUUAAAGUAAUUCUGAAACUUAAGAGCGAGGAAGGUCAGGAAAAAAUCAGCCCAAUUGGGGUGUCAAGGGAAAUUAAAAAGAAAAUAGGAGACGUUGAAAUGGUGAAGAUCUUGAGAGAUGGAAGUCUUUUGAUAGAAUGUAAGGAUAUAGAACAAAAGAGUAAGGCUUUUAAAGUGGAAAACAUAUGUAAAAGAGCGGUGCUGGAAAAAAAAAUGUUGGGAGAAAACAAAAAAACUAGAGGGGUGAUAUAUGGGAUCCCACUAGAUGAGGAUUUAGAAAAACUUAAGAAAAAUGUAGUUGGAGCAAAGGUGUUCAAUAUGAAAAGGCUGUCAAGAACUGUGGAUGGUGAGAGAGUGGGGAGUAUGUCAGUUCUGGUGGAGUUUGAAGAAAAAGAGCUGCCAAUGAAUAUAAAAAUAGGAUAUAUAAGCUUCCAAGUCAGAACUUAUACACCUCCAC